GGUUUAUUUUGAAACUUGAAGCCGGAAACAAACCCUGUUCUUUGAUAAGACUAUUAUUUUGAAAGGUAAAAACAAACGGAAACGUAAAAUUUAAGCAGAGCAUGUAACUUUACACUGGUGGACAUUAAAUAUUAUAAUUUACUUCUUUCUGAGUCAACAAUGUGUAUUUAACUAAACUAACUUGUUUCCUUAAACAACAUCCUGUUAUGUUUAAUUUUCAUAAUCUGUCACUUCCUGGUCCGGGAUCAACUCAGACUGGUACUCGGUAUAUAAACCGGGUCACGUGGUAGAAACAGGCGAGUCAACAGGUUCACUUGUGUUUCGUCCCCAGGCAGUUUCGUCCUUCUCCCUCACCUGUCAGGUGAGUCAACACCGCCACGCCGAGGGACGACGUCCAACCUGCAGGGAAGCGAGGUAGAGGGAAAAGUAAAUCAUUUUACCGGAAUGUUGCAAACACAAACGUGCUGCUCGUUUCGUCUGUAACUUGAAGAGUUUGAAGAGACGCUUCCUGCUACACGAAGAUGUUCUCCUUUCUGCGCUCAGCCAGAGAGCCCCCUCCUGAGAACAUCCACAUCUCCUCUCUGCCUCCCAGUAUUCCCACAGAUCAGGAGUCAGAACAAACUGGAGGACAAGCAGGUGACGUGGCGGGAGAGAAAGCUGUGAUAGAGACCACGCACUCACACACAGGGGUCUUCCUCCAGAAACAAGAUAAUGAUCCUGUUUCUAGUACUUACUUUGAGCAGAGGGUCCCUGUUCCCGAGGAGGAUGGUCAGUGUGGGAUUAGUUUCCGUAAGCUGUGGGCCUUCACUGGGCCGGGGUUCUUGAUGAGCAUAGCCUACCUGGACCCAGGUAACAUCGAGUCGGACCUGCAGUCUGGCGCUAAAGCUGGCUUCAAGCUCCUGUGGGUGCUGCUGGUAGCCACCAUCAUCGGCCUGCUGCUGCAGAGGCUGGCGGCCCGGCUCGGCGUGGUCACCGGGCUGCACCUGGCCGAAGUCUGCAACCGCCAGUACCACACUGUGCCUCGUAUCAUCCUGUGGUUGAUGGUGGAGGUGGCGAUCAUCUGCUCAGACAUGCAGGAGGUCAUCGGCUGCGCCAUCGCGUUCAGCCUCCUCUCCUCUGGCAGGAUACCCUUGUGGGGCGGCGUCCUCAUCACCAUCAUCGACACAUUCGUCUUCCUCUUCUUGGAUAAAUACGGCCUGAGGAAGCUGGAGGCCUUUUUUGGUUUGCUCAUCACUGUCAUGGCCAUAACCUUUGGAUAUGAGUAUGUGACGGUGGGACCAGACCAAGGCCAGCUGCUGAUGGGGAUGUUCGUGCCGUACUGCGAGGGCUGCGGGCCGGUCCAGCUGGGCCAGGCGGUGGGCAUCGUGGGAGCCGUCAUCAUGCCCCACAACAUUUACCUCCACUCUGCUCUCGUCAAGUCUCGAGAAGUGGAUCGAACGAACAAGAAAGAAGUAAAAGAGGCCAACAAAUAUUUCUUCAUCGAGUCGACCGUCGCGCUCUUCGUCUCUUUCCUCAUCAACGUGUUUGUGGUGGCUGUUUUUGCGGAGGGUUUCUACGGACGCACAAACGCAGAAGUGCAUAAAGUCUGCACUGAUGCAGGAAGUCCUCAUUCACAUAUGUUCCCUAUGGAUAAUAAAACUCUGGAGGUGGACAUCUACAGAGGGGGAGUGGUGCUGGGCUGUUUCUUUGGCCCGGCGGCGCUCUACAUCUGGGCCGUGGGGAUCCUUGCAGCUGGACAGAGCUCCACCAUGACUGGAACGUACUCUGGCCAGUUUGUUAUGGAGGGUUUUUUGAACCUGCGCUGGUCGCGUUUUGCUCGGGUGUUGCUGACCCGCUCCCUGGCCAUCACUCCUACCCUGCUGGUUGCCGUUUUCAAGGACGUGCAGCACCUGACAGGCAUGAACGACUUCCUCAACGUGCUGCAGAGCAUGCAGUUACCAUUUGCCCUCAUCCCCAUCCUAACCUUCACCAGUUUGCCAUCUCUCAUGAACGAGUUUGCCAACGGAUUGGUGUUUAAGAUCGGAGGAGGGGUGGUGAUCCUGAUCGUCUGCGCCAUCAACAUGUACUUCGUCGUGAUUUACGUGAUUACGUUCAACAGUGUUUGGCUGUAUGUGCUGGCAGCGUUCCUCUCCCUGGCGUACCUGACGUUUGUGGGAUAUCUGUCGUGGUUAUGUCUGAUAGCUCUGGGAGUGUCCUGCCUGGAUCCGACCACCAGGAGAGGAAACGACACGACCAUCCUGAUCGAGCGGCAGCCGGAGUUUGACUCCUGAAAUCAAAAGUGUGUUCCAGCGGACGUUCGUCUCGAAGGUGCCGCUGUGUGCAACCUAACUGACCUUUUACUGUUUAGUUCCAGCACAUUCAGACAUCUUUAGCAUGAAUUUAUUUAUACAAGAAGUUCAUAAACUUCUAGAUGAUGUUAUGAUAUGAUAUGUAUAUGUUUUUGUUUAGAAAUCAAGAAACUGUAGUUGCCAAUAUGUGUGUUAUUAUCUGUACAUGUAGUCACGUCCUAAUUAAUGAUUGUACAAAACAAUCACGGUGAGUUUUGCCAAAUUUAAAGGUUUACAGACGGGGUAUCUGAAGGUCUGAAAUGUCUUAAAGAGCAAAAAAAAAAGGCCUUAGAAGGUAUCAAAAGUCUUAAAUUUCAUGUAUAAAAUUGAUAUUAUAUUGUCUUACCUGACGUAGACUAUAAAAUGUUUUUGUUUUUGUUUCGUUAAACGUUGUGGAGUUUCAGUCGGCACCAUCAGACCUGCAGCAAACGCUGUCACUACUGCAGCUACGACUCAAAGUGUCAGUUUUAGCAAAACCAUAAAUGAGUUAUUUUUAAUUGGUGAAUCCGUUUAUCCAUUUUGUGCUGCUUAUCCAGCUCCAAGUCGCAUUGAUUUAAUUAACUAUAUCAUUAGGAAUCACUGUUAUAUACUGCAAGGAAGCAGUAACGUUGAUUAUAAUUCUAGGCCAUAUCGUCCCUGCUGGUUUUCAAUCAUACUUUCCUGCUUUGGACGGCAGAAUCCUAAAACAGGUGUUAAAUUGUUUUCAAUCUGGUAUUAAAAAUGUCUUUAAAAGUCUUAAAUUUAACUCCUGCAGAAACCCUGACAGAUGUGAAUGAAGUUUUGGUACCACUUUACCCCUUAUAAAUCAUUAAUUAAUGGUUUAAUAAGUAAUUUACAGAUGCUUUAUAAAUCAUUUAUAAGCCAUUAAUAAGACCUUUUGGGUUGCCAGGUUGUGGAAAAUCCUCCUCCAGCAUCAACUUUUCUUUGCCUUUUUAGCUCUUUAGUUCAACGAGACAACUAAUGUUAUUAAUAAACGAUCAUGUUUCUCACUUUUUAAGACAGUGAUAAAUGUAAAAGUAAGUUGUUAAUAAUGUUUCUCGAUUACUGAAAAGCCAUCAGCAAAAGUUUGUCAGUCACCUGCUAUUAUAAAUGUUAAUAAAUCAUUAAUAAAGGGUUCUUAUAUUUAUAUUUUUUAUUGAUUUUUGCUGUAAACAAACACAAACAAUCUCUGUAAUAAGAGAAUUGUACAAAAUAACCGUAAAACGUAUAGAAAUGGGAAAAAAACCCAACAAAUAAUAAUAAGUAGCUUCAGAGUUUAGAUACA